AUGAGGUCGCUGUGGCUGUGCUGGGCGCUGUGGGCCCUGCCCCUACCGGGCCCCGGGGCCUCCCUGAGCGGGGAGCACAUCCUCAGUACCCUGCUGCGGCAGCUGCAGCUCCGAGAGGCGCCCGUCCUGGACGCAGGCGACCUGGAGGAGCUGGUCACCCCCGCGCACGUAAUGGCCCAGUACGUGGCCCUGUUGCAGCGCAGCCACGGGGUCCGCUCUCGAGGGAAGAGGUUCAGCCAGAGGUUCCGAGAGGUGGCGGGCAGGUGGUUGGCGUCCGAGGCCUCCACGCACCUGCUGGUGUUCAGCAUGGAGCGGCGGCUGCCCCCCAACAGCGAGCUGGUGCGGGCGGUGCUGCGCCUUUUCCAGGAGCCGGUGCCCAGGGCCGCGCUGCGCAGGCACGAGCGACUGUCCCCGCACAGCGCCCGCGCCCGCGUCACCGUCGAGUGGCUGCAGGUCCGCGAAGACAGCUCCAACCGCACCUCGCUCGUGGACUCCAGGCUGGUGUCCCUCCACGAGAGCGGCUGGAAGGCCUUCGACGUGACAGAGGCGGUGACCUUCUGGCAGCAGCUGAGCCGGCCUCGCCAGCCUCUGCUCCUGCAGGUGACGGUGCACAGGGAGCACCUGGGCCCGCUGGCCUCGGGCGCCCACAAGCUGGUGCGCUUCGCCUCCCAGGGACCCGAGGGCGCGCGGCAGGGCGAGCCCCAGCUGGAGCUGCACACGCUGGACCUGGGGGCCUACGGAGCUCAGGGCGACUGUGACCCCGAGGCGCCCGUGACGGAGACCACCCGCUGCUGCCGCCAGGAGAUGUACAUUGACCUGCAGGGGAUGAAGUGGGCUGAGAAUUGGGUCCUGGAGCCCCCUGGCUUCCUGGCCUACGAGUGCGUGGGCGCCUGCCAGCAGCCCCCGCGGCCCCUGCCCUUCGAGUGGCCAUUUCUGGGCCCGCGGCAGUGCAUCGCCUCUGAGACGACCUCGCUGCCCAUGAUCGUGAGCGUCAAGGAAGGAGGCAGGACCAGGCUCCAGGUGGUCAGCCUGCCCAACAUGAGGGUGCAGAAGUGCAGCUGCUCCUGGGACGGGGCGCCCGUGCCCCGGAAGCUGGAGCCUUAG